AUGCGCUCCUUCGAUGUUACAGCAGUUACUCGCCUAUGUGCGAAUCUCCAGGAAAUCAUUGACAUGCUCAAAGAGGAUUAUCAUAUAACAACGGCUAUACAUCACAUCGACGGCACAAAUAAUACUCGAGCUGAUUACCUUUCACGGUUAGUCUACAAUAUACCCCAACUAUCAAUUCCCACAGAGACUCACAAAACAAACUACAGCCGCAACAGCCAACUACAACUUGGCCACGUCCAUUCCAUAAAGGACGACCACGCGAUCCAUAAUAUGACUCCCUCCGGCCCAACUACACUUGGUGCGCUUGUUCUCAUCCCUGAACAACAGUGCUGUGACCCAUGUCUCAUACUAACUCCCAACCCACAAACUGCAAACCCAAAUCCUCCACCUGAGGGGACAGAUGCGGUCAGAUCAGUGGAGUCUUUUGCGCCUUCAGUGACUACUCCAGAACCGACUGAUGGCCUUUGUGGAAUAUGCGAUAUGGGAGAGGAGGACGCGUUAGACGAAAUACGAGACUUCUAUCGGACCAACGGCGAAGAGCACUCUGAUUUGCAGCUCCUGGGCAUACCAAUUGAGAAGGUCGUGAAAGCAGCUCAAGGGAAAAUCAGCGAUCAAUCAGCCGAGAGACUGUUGGGAGGAACGGCCAGAGGUGAACAGAUCGAAUGGACAUCAGAUGUCUUACAAUUCAAAGAUUAUUAUCGUGGACAACAAAGAGCCCGAGUCCUCCUCCCAACGAAGAGACUGCAAACUUGGGCUUUGUAUCACUACCAUGAUGAUGCCCUUACCGGAUCACACCGUGGAGCAUCGAAAUGUAUAGAAAAAAUAAGUUCUGCGGGCUUCUGGUGGCCAAAUAUGAGUCGAGAGACACAGCAAUUCACCGCGACAUGCGAAAUGUGCCAGAAGGGCAAAGUGACGUCGCCAACCAUUGCACCGGUCCUUCUUCGCAGACGCUCCGGUGCGAGAUUCGCUAAUAUCCAAAUCGACUUCAUAGGACCACUCGGAAACGAGGACCGUAGUCCUGGAAACUGGCAAUAUAUGGGAGUCAUCAUUGACCAAGGCACCCGUGCCGCAAUGGCUCUUCCAUGCUGGGAUAUGACAGUUCGGUCGGCAAUCAUGUGUCUCCUAAUAUGGAUAUCGACGUAUGGAAGGCCAGAUUCGUGUCAAUCAGACAAUGGACCGGCUUUCGCGUCAGACGAAUGGAGUGAUUUCCUAGAUGCAUACCACAUUCGAAAACGGUUCGGUACCCCAGGUGUUCCGAGACACCAAGGAUCAGUAGAAAGAGUGAAUAGAGAGAUCAAGGACGCCAUCCAUGUCGGUGAAGCAGUCCGGGACGAGAGGCGAAUGCCCUGGUGGGCAACGGCCAUAUUAGCGAUCGGAGUCCACAAUUCUAGUCCCUUACGAGAUUUACCAACGAGCACUCCUUCAGAACUAGCUCUCGGAUCCGACCAUGCGACCCUCCUCAGGGGCAUCGAAGACGCGAGCUUCACUAAGGAUAGUCCAGCGGAGACCAUCACGCUUGACCGAUGGCAAUCGCUAUAUGAGCACAUAAAUACUAUAUAUGGCCUGUACACUCAUCUAAGGGACGAGAGAUCAGUCAUCGAAGAGUAUAGGAGCCUACUAUCAGCAGGCCAAAGAGACCUAACGGUAUUUCAACCUGGAGAUCAAGUGUUGCUCGUCGGUCUCAACCAUAAGGGCAGCCGGGUGGUGAUAGGCGAAUAUAGUAUCAUUAGCCGAGCUCCUCACAACAGAUUCAUGUAUUAUCUGGAAGGCUUAAAAGGACUAUAUCCGACGAGCCGUCUAGUCCCUCGGAAGAUUAAUCCUAUACGUGCAAUCCUCGAUUCGGAAGCGAAGCCACAACGUUCUUCGUUGGCGAGAGCCCUUGGGAGCCCACCUCCUGAGUCCAUUCGUUUCCCCGACUUGACCGCCGGUGACUGGCUGAUCUGCGAAUGGAGGUAUGCGCCAAGGAUGACAGACGACGACAGUGAGCGUCCCUUCUGGCAAUAUUUCGUCUGUGAGGUGUCGCCACACCAAAGAGGAUUAGAUCGCUCGACUACAAUACGCGUAGUUGGCCUUGACCUGAGCCCGAGGACCAACAGAUGGCUGCUCACCAAGGGGAAGGAGAAACAGAUUUGGCAGAUCAAGAAAGAUGAAUUUUUCGUCGGAUUCAAGCCUACGAAAAGCAGAAGAAUCCCAGCAAGUAUCACCAAGUGGCUGGAAGCGAGAGGUUCAUCGCCGAUUGAGAGAACUCCAUCGACACGACGAACGUCGGAGCUGACACGCCCAAUAGUGUCCCGCACAGAGAAGAUGGUGUCGGCAGUACACAAAGUCCCGGAGAGGAGGGAGUUCCAGUGGCUCGGUGAACACUGUAUCACUCUUACUGACUCCGGAUCGACUUCCACUGCCAUUUCACGAGUCAAGUCAAGGAGAGGUAUGGCCAUACUAGUCCUAGGUGAAUCAGGGGUUUGUGGUGACUUUUUGGGAGUGACGCCGGCAAUGGUUGAUACCCAUCUUGAAGAUGGCAUCUUCAUAUGGUUCGCGCAUAAUGACUCCAUGUUCGAUCCAGCGAACCAACGCAACGCAAAUAUUGUGGCUAUGUAG